GUUCAGUCGGUGACGAGUGCUGUGGAAAAUGGCCUCGACCCUGCCCGAGCGCAGGACUCCCCCGAGGAGAUGACGGCGCUGAGGGUGCCCUGUCAGUGGAACACCGACGUGUCUUCGCCCAGCGCGAGGGGAACAUCGACGGAAACUAAAUAAAGAGGCAGCCUGCCCGAGUUGGACGUGGACCGCACGCUGUCGAGGAGCGGCUAUGGAGGAUAUCAACUCGAAUAUCAACGCGGACUUGGAGGUGCGGAAGCUCCAGGACUUGGUGAAGAAGCUCGAACUGCAGAAUGAACAGCUUCGGAGUCGGUCCACGAUGUUGUCCUCGUCCGGUGCCGUGUCAGGAAACCACCACAGACCUCUGAGCGCCGGCUUCGACUCGUCGUCUCUGUGUGCGGGGAUGUCAGUCGGUCUGGCCGGCUACACCGGGGUGGGGUUCUCCGACACAGGCGGCUACGGUGCUGUGGUGUUAGAGAACAGCCGCUGUCGGAGCCCCAGACUGUCGUACGACGGCAUCAGCUUCAGGAAGGCGUAUGGGAGUGAGGGGGCUUCAGCUGCCUCUCUGACCAGCAUCCACUCACUUUAUUCGGACAAUAGCAGCGGCUUUAACGAUGAAGGAGACACGUCCAUCCUGGAUGAAGUGGACAUUUUAGACUUGGAAGACAUGGACUGUCUAAAUGAGGACGAGGACAGCUGGCUGUAUGAGUCAAAACUAAACAGCCCACUUCAGAAGGCCCUGAGUCCAAUCGUGUGGUGCCGACAGGCUCUGGACAAUCCCAGUCCUGACAUGGAAUCCGCCAAGCGCUCCCUCCUCCACAGACUGGACCUCACCAUGUCAGCCAACAAGCGCAGGAGUCUGUAUGGAAGCCCAUACACUCAGCAGGGAGGUUAUGGAAGUCCAUACAGCACAAAUGCAGCCAACAGCCCUUACAGCAGUGGCUUUAACUCCCCCUCCUCCACCCCGAGCAGAGGGCCCAUCGUCAGACAGCAGCUGAUGACUGGGAAUGCAGCACAUCAGAGGAACCUGACAGCAGAGAGGAAUCCUCCCCCGGUCAGUCCACAGUCUUCAGUGGACAGCGAGCUGAGCACCUCAGAAAUGGAUGAAGAUUCAGUGGGCUCCUCGACGACCUACAGACUGAAUGAUGUCACUGAUGUUCAGAUCAUGGCUCGCAUGCAGGAAGAGAGUUUGAGACAGGAAUAUGCCGCCACAGCAUCCAGGAGGAGCUCUGGUUCGUCUUGUCACUCGUUGAGACGCAGCAACUUUAGCGACCAAGAGCUGGACGCUCACAGUCUGGAGGACGAGGAGGAGGCGGUGCAUCCUGGGUACCACUUGACCACCAAUCGCUUCACCCCCUCCCCUCGCCACUCUCCCCGUGCGUCUCCACGGAACUCUCCCCGCACGCGCUCCCCCACACGCUCGGUCGACUACAGCCAUGGCCGCGGCUCACCGCAGCCCAUCAUCAGCCGUCUGCAACAGCCACGUCACUCGCUGCAGGGGCACGGACAUGAGCAUCAGACCAGUGUGGUGAAGAACGAAGAGAAGCUGCGUCGUAGUCUUCCUAACCUUACCCGGCCCUCGGUGGCUGCCUCAGUCCAGGCUCAGGAGCCGGUCAAGAACAGUCGCAGCUGUGAGUCCAACCUGCCCAACGGUGGCAGUCCCCGGCACCAGAACCAGUCUGCAACAGCUAAACUCCCAAGAUACUCUGCUCCUUCGCGGUUGUCCCCGAAACCCAAACAGCAGCUCCAAAGUCCGACUGCCCUGCGAGUUCCCUCUCCCAGUAAACUGCGGACCCCUGCCACGCCGUCGCCACUGGCGCUAAGACAGCCAGUGAAAGCCACAUCCAACCCUGGCUCUGCCAACUCCACCCCUACUCGCUCCAUCGUGCCGCCACGCAGUGGCUUGCCCCGCCUUAGUGGAUCAGCGGGCGGUGGGAUCCCUCUGCCCCGCAGCAAACUGGCUCAGCCGGUGCGCAGGUCUAACCCUGCUCCUCGGACCUACAGCAGCACUGGCGAAAACUGGAGGGAAGGUUGUUACUGAGGCUGACCUGCAGGGGGCUCUCUGGUCUAACUCUCAGCACAAGGACGACAAGGCACUUUAUCUGUCUAGAACAUUAUUCAAUUGAGAGGAGUGACUAUGAUCCUAAAAUAUAUCAAAGUCACAGGUAAUAGAGGAGGCAGCGUCUCCCUGCUCACGGGGAGUGGCUCUGCAGACAAACCAACAGUCCAGAGGAUGCCAAAGAAACCAGCCUGACUCUUGCUGUGCCACUGGAGGAGCUCUGGGCUGCCUUCGGGUACAGUCCACGUCACUACAGUACAUCCCCUGCUUUCCUCCCACUCCUCACCCCGUUCGGAUCUCCCUCAGGCUGAAAUGUCUCCAUGCAUUUCUCUCUUUAUGGUCUGUGUUCAAAUGUGUGUGUGAGUGUGAGCCACGUCUAGGAUGAUGCUGUGCAGGUGUCGUUUAACUGUCAUGUUAGAAUUGCUCUUGCUACGGUGGACGCACCUCAGUGUGACACGAUCCUCUUCAAAUCAGCCAGAAUGUAUGCACACGCUUGUUUUGCUCCUUAUUUAUUCCUCUAAGUUAACAAGUUUACGUCCAUCAGUAUUUUUGCUUUACGAUUUGAAUUUAAAUAUGCACAUGUUGAACCUCAACAAGAAGCUAAUUUUCCAAAGCCUUUUUAUGUUUGGUGUCAAAUUUUGGAGUGGUGCAUGACUGUUGCCGAAGUGUGUACCAGAAGCUUGUCACAUCACCAGGUUAUUAUUUCUGCUCAAUGUUUGGUUUGAUUCAUAUCUGAUGUCUUGAGAAACCUAUGUGCAAGGUAGAAAAUGAAGCCUGCAGAUGUGUGGAUGUACAUUAUUGAUGUUAUGAAAGGAAAAAACUAAACAAAUAUGACUGUCGCAGUGACGUGAAGGGGAAGUUAAACUAGUGCCUAUGGUUUAAGUGUGACUUACGUUUGAAUUGUAAUAUUUUGCUCACAAUCACUCUGUGCCAUUUUUAAUUUAAUUUGCUGAACUCUGCUUGAUUGGUUUGCCUGUAUGUUCUUUUUAUUACAUUUAUAAUUGCUUUAAAGUCCUACUCAUAUGCGCCUUCUCGUCCCUAACUAAUACCCACGAUGUAAAUGCAAUUAUUUAUUGAAGAGAUGAAUAUGCCUCGGUCUGAAUCAGUGGAGAGCUGGAAAGAAUGUCGCAAAUAGUCAACACACCUUUUUGUGUGACCGUUUUUGUUAUCAACUUUGUUUUUAUAUCCACUGACAUGGCAUUCAGUUGACCUGUAAAUCACAUUUCAAAUAAAAUAAAAGAUGUUUAUCAUGA